CCCAAUGUAACUGGGCUUUAGAAUUUUCUGGAACGGCAGAGUCGACCCUUUCUCACAUUCUUGCAUGGAAAGAAACCUUCCUGUCAAACCUGAGACCUGAGCAGAGUUGAGAACUGAAACCGCGCGAGUCACCAGUCUAUACCGAUGGCGCCUGCUGCAAGCUGCUACCACCAUAACCCUUCUCCUGUUCUUGCCCCCAUCGGGGCCUCUCGCCGGCAUAAGAUUGUGAAUUUCUAUAGAUAUGCAAAGACUAGCCUACUGCACUCCGGUAAUAGCUUGGUUACACUACCUAGACAGUCGAGCAGCACCAGUUCACAGGGAGCUGAUAAGGAGCUAUGCUUGAGGGUUUCUGCAGCAGUAAAACCACUCAAGCACCUUGCUGCAACAUCAAGUACAUUUUUGGUAUGUGACCAAGGCCUAUCGUGCACGAAUCCUUUGUUGCCUAGGCAACAUGGAUCUUCAGUGCUCGUCAGGGCAUACAAAGACAAUUUCUUCAAAUUCCGAAUCCCUCUAAUAACUGCGAAGCCAGAGUGGUGGUGGAGAACAUUGUCAUGUGUCCCUUACCUAAUAGCUUUGCAGAUUUCCGACACAGGAUAUUACAUCCAACCUUUCCUUGAGCGCCACGAGAUUCUUGAAGAUCUGGUUUUUUUCGUCCCAGGUGCCAUUAGCAGGCUACCGAUCUUUUUCCCAAUGUUCUAUUGCUACUUCGCAUAUAUUUGGAUCGUGAAGAACAAAGAUUUGCCUCACUUCUUUCGUUUCCAUAUGAUGAUGGGCUUGUUGUUGGAAACAGCCAUGCAGAUCAUAUGGUAUACAAGCAAUUUUUUCCCACUCAUACACUAUUCCGGGAAAUUUGGAGUAUACUACUGGGCGGCCAUGGGAUUUGCUUACAUUUUUGUGUUGUUAGAGUGUGUAAGGUGUGCUCUUGGUGGCAUGUAUUCUCACAUCCCUUUAGUGAGUGAAGCAGCAUUUAUACACACACUGUUUAAUAUGGGAGGGUUCCAGAGGCCAUUCUAGAACUUAAAUUUCUUUUGCUCUUUUCUUGAUUUGUGGUUCUUGGAUCUUCUUCAGAGGAUCUGCCCGUUUAGUAUUUAUUCUCAAUAUUCAAUAAAUAACUUUAUAUUUUCUCUCA